AUGUCCCAACGGGUGCCGCUCCUCAAGGCCAAGCCUACGAGGAAACCAAUCCGCGGGCUGCUGGUUGCUCCCAAGGUCAAGACGUCGACGUCUCAACCAACAACCCCUGCGAAUGCUGCCGCUGCUACGCCAAACGAGGCCCAAGAAACGCCGUCCCGUCCAGCCGUCGAAGCCGCCGCAACCACGCCCAAGAAUGGUAAAGGUCGAGCAACCGGGACGGCUGCACCGCCACGAAAUGAUUCCCCUGUUCGACAGGAGAAUCUGCAUGCUGCAUCACCAUCCACUCCACAUGAGCGCGCGACAACACGUCGAAGCGGCAAAGCAGCUUCGCCAAACCCACCAGCCAUCGCUGCCAGCCCGAAACGCAUCGACUCGAAGCCAGCUCCGAUUUGCAUCACAGUUCCAGCCAACUCCCCAGCGCCUCGCAUCAUUGCUCCUCCUCGAGGCAUCAUUGCUCCAGGCGGGUCGUUUGGGUUGCCUCCACCGCCGAAACCAAUGCAAAUCUCGACACCGUCACCGUCCCGGCCUUCGCCCAAGGGCGUCCCUAUAGCUUCUCGCAUUGCCCCUCCAUCAAGCCACAAACCUACCACCACCGCCUCCCCGCCGACCAAGCCCACAACUGGUGGCAUUGCGGCCACUCAAGAUGAACGAAGUCCUCGUGCGAACAGGACCACCAACAAGAAAGCUGGCAACAACGACGACGACGACGACGACGAUUCAGACGAUGCGCCGAUGCUUCCAAAAUCUCGGAGAACUGCCGCCAAGAGGCUGCUUGGCCUCCCGCCGCGAUCCAAGGUUGCCAGAGGAAUCCCCCGUUCUCGCAAACCUGCCAAGCGCUACCUUCAUGAAGACCAUCAUAUUCCAGUCAAGACACAGUUCCUUGCGUACGCGGCCGCCCCGCAUGCCGAGACACGGAUGGUCAAGCGCAAAACGUCCGCCAGUCGCCGCGACCUGUCGCCGCCGUCGCGCGAGUCGGAACCCGAAAUUGCGUCCAUGACCAUGGGCGAAUUGGCGCUGUCCGUGCCAUUCGGCCGCCGUCGUGUAGACGAGGAGGAAGCCGCCCACUCGAAUGACGACGAGGAUGAAGACAACAUGUCCAGAGUCGACGCCGCGGCUCGUCGAAAACAGGACGUGGCGUCCCGUGGUGCUGCCACCGGACGUCCGCAAGUGGAGAUCGUGAAUGGCCAGAUUGUCUUGUCCACCAAGAGUCUUACCGUGCACGAAGACGAACUCAUGCAAGAAGACGACGAAACUGAUGGCCACGAGCCCCAUCCCCGCCUCGGACGAGCAGCAGGUAGGAGGUACUUAGUGAAGGCUGGUCCGGAUCCCGAGUCCUCCGGUAGGGUACUUGUCUGGGCGGUCGUCGAGCCGCCGCUGGAAUUACAUUGAGACGAAGCAGUUCUUUUACUGUUUGAGCCACAUUGGCACGGACUUUACGCUCAUGGAAACUCUGUUUCCGAACCGGACGCGCGCGGAACUCAAGCUCAAAUUCAAGUCCGAGGAAAAGAGGCACCGCGCCCUCGUGGAAGUGGCGCUCGAAGGGGCCAAGAGGCCAUUAGGUAUGAUGCCACAUACACGCAAGAGGUAUUUGAUGUAUGGAUGGGAUGGGUGGUAGAUGCCGAUGUCGCGGAGCUGGCGGCGGACAACCUCAAGCAACUGCAGGCCAAGAAGCACGAUCCCGAUGAGGACGACAUGGGCGGGGAUGACGACCAACCAAAUGCCGCCACCGGAGAAGACGCGGAAGAACAAGUCGGCGAGUUCAUGUUGAUAUAAUACCGCCGUAAAGAAGUCUCCAUGGAAACCACAUCAACUGCCAUUCGAGAGAGGGGAGGGGAUGUUUGUUGAAGGACAAGUACAAAGGCAUACAGUCUAUGAUGACGACGAGGGAGUGUCGGGUGAUGAUUGAGGCGGCGGCACCACUUCCGAGCGAAAGUACUGGGCGGACGGUCGGUUUUCUUCGGCAACGUUCAUGGCAUCUAAAAUUCGUUGUUGCUGCUUUUGUGUGGCAGCUUUGGCGCUUCGGCAGACAAUCCUGGACAAGAAAGUGACUUGGUGGGUCAGAAUGGAGGAAGUCGACGUACCACGAGACUCCAGCGACGCCCACGAACGAGUACAAGGCAAAGUCGCAUGCGGUUUGAACCUUCCUUGUCACUCGGAAGCGAUGGAGGCCAAUGCCAACCCCUGUGGAGAUGCCCCACAGCAGCGCCGAUCGAAAGCAUGGCUCCGUCGUGAUGUCGGUCAUGGUGCCAAAUGUAACUUGACUGCACCAUAGAACGAGACUCUGAAUUCUACCAAUCAUAAGCAUGGA